AUGGCACACGGCGCAGAGGAUUGUGCUUCGGUCUUGGAACAAUUCGUUCACGAUGUUGCGAACUUGCCUGCGGAGAUUAACCAUCUGAUGGAGGAGAUUCAGGCCAAGGACAAGAUUAUCCAAGACUGUCGGGUUACCAUCAACUCUCGCGACACGAGUAUACAAAAGUUCAUCCGGAUGAAUGGCAGCCUGACACCGAACCCGAAAGAAGAGCAGUACAGCAAGGUUAUAUUGCAGAAUCUAGACAAAUGCCAGCAGUUACAGGAUGACAAGAUCCAUCUCAGCGAGAAAGCGUGCAUUUUACUGGACCGCCAGAUCAAGAAACUCGAUGUCAAGAUUCGCGACCUGCAAAACGAUGGCAUCCUUUCGAAUGACCCCCCCCUCCCAUCGCUGUUCAACAAUAAAGACCAGUACCGCGACCCCCCCAAAGCAUUCUUUCCCGACCCCAUUUCCACCGAUUCCGCAUAUUCUCCCCUCAACCCGACAUCGGGAAAUGCCAGCGCGGCCGCGGCCACCUCGCAACGAGGCAACCAGCCUAGCAUAUCUCGCUCAAACAGCGUCAUGACACUAACAGCCCAAAGCAAUGCGCGCAGCUCUGCCCCUGCUACUCCCGUGUCUGCGGCCGCAGCACACCUCCAACAACGGCACCGGGAAUCUUCCACCGGGGCAAUCGACAGCAAGCGUCGACGACUGAAUGCAUCGUUAGGGACGUUACCCGCCGCUUCUUCGAACCUACGGCAAUCGUCGCUGGGUCCAGGUACCCCCAAACCGGGGACUCCGGUCUCCAGCCGAGCGGGAAGCCUUGGACCGCGCUCUGUGGCGAUCACGAAGAAGGCCAUGACAAAGAAAGUUGCACCGCACCAGCAGGUCAAGAAGAUCAAGACGAUCUCUGCAGGCAACGGGAAACUGGCGAAACGGUCUUCGCCUAGCACCAGCCGGCUCAAAGUAGGCCCUAAAUCGUCACCCUCCGCCAACGGGGGUGACGAGGAUGAAGACGAAUCGAUGCUCAGCAGCGCCGACGUCUCCGACUCGGAGAAUGCUAGCGUAUCGCGACGGGCAGAUGAUGAUAUGGACGAGGAUGAGGAAGAAGAGGAGGAAGAAGAGGAGGAGGAAGAUGAGGGCAAUGAGGAUACCAAGGUCUACUGUACUUGCCGGACAGUCAGCCAUGGCGAUAUGGUCGCCUGCGACAACGACAAUUGUCCGUAUGAAUGGUUCCACUGGAAGUGUGUCGGAUUGACCAGGGAGCCCGUCGGGACAUGGUAUUGUGAAGAGUGUCGAGAAACACUGGGGAAAUAA